AUGAGAAUCCUAGGCCUUGGUCUCCUGACCAUCGCCUCAGUCAACGCAGUACUGUUUUCAUCGCGAUCACCAACGAAAGGUGCAAUCGCCGUACCCAUUCGGCGGACUUGUGCCGACCCUCAGCGAGCCCUCGAGCGAGAAAGAGCCCGUUUGGGAAGACGGCAGGGGAGCAACAACACAGUUGAAAGUACUCUGUACAACACCUUGAAUGGCUACACAGUCAAUAUAACGUUGGGAAGUCCUCCGCAACAGCUUUCUGUAAAGUUGGACACUGGCUCGUCCGACCUACUGGUGAAUGUGCCGGACUCGACUUUAUGUCAGCAAGGCUCAUGUACUGGAGGCACGUAUAGCGAGAAUAGAUCUCAGCGCCAUGUCGCAGUAGCUACCGACUUUAGCAUUAAUUAUGUCGACGGGCGGAACGCAUCCGGAGACUGGAUAUCGGAUGAUUUUGGCUUCGCUGGCGUUACUCCCUUCCCUUACACAUUUGGCACGGGCCAGACUUCUACCAUCGACCAGGGCGUACUGGGAAUCGGCUACGAGAGUAAUUCCGUUUGGCUUACAGACCACGAGCGAUCCAACGAUUCUCAUACGACCUUACCACAAGCGCUUGUCGACUUCGGCUACAUCGAGAUCCUGUUUGGUGGCGUUGAUCACGCGAAAUAUUCCGGCAACCUGUCAACUGUGCCAAUAAUUAAAGAUAGUGAUGGCGCGUUCAAGGAAUUCCUUAUUGCGUUGUCUGGCCUGUCUUUAGACGGACAAAGUCUUUCUUCUGGGUUACCCGAAAACGCUUUAAUCGACUCUGGUUCCCAAUUGACUUAUCUGCCUGAUCAGCUUGCAGAGACAAUAUAUAAGCAGAUCAAUGCAGUAUCCAUACCUUCGAUCGACGACAACAUAUACGUGGAUUGUGGCUUACGAAGCUCCGAUAUGUCUCUUGGUUUCAAGUUCGACUCCGUUGACCAAAGGACGAUCAGCGUGCCUAUCAGUACUUUGCUCAUCGACCCAGCCCAGCCUUUCCGGCUCGACGACAACGUGCAGGCAUGCAUAUUCGGAAUAGCCAAAGCCAGCGAAGCUGCUGGUAGAUCGAUACUAGGCAAUACAUUUCUCCGCAAUGCGUACGUCGUAUUCAACUUGGCAAGGAAUGAGAUAUCUCUCGCUCAGAGUGUCAGCACGAGUUCAUCCAACAUUGAGACCAUUGCGAACAAUGCUACAGUGCCGGCGGCACUACCAGCUCCUGCCAGUUCUGCGGAGCAACUGGUGCCUUGCUCGAUGAUCAUGGCCUUUCUUAUUGUCAUGCACGGACUCAUGACAUGA